AUGUCUUCCUCCCGAAAACGUAGUUUCCUGGAUAUCGUAGAUAUGUGCGACAAUGUUCACAUUCGUCGCGAUGGGACAGGACUGUACGACGUCUCUUAUGGUUCCGAAGUUCUGGUGCCGCUUUACCUCUCGGAAUCCACUGAUACCGCGGUGAUUGGACUCCUGCGACCUAUCAUCGUGGAACAAUUGAAGCUGGAGAACAUGAGGAGUGUACAGGAAGGCUUGCAGGAACUAUGGUCGUUGCGACUGGAGCCUUCGGAUUUCGUACCACUGAAAAAUGGCACUGUCGGACCGAGUGUCAGCUUCAAGGCUUGGUUGGACACACCAGCGAAGAGAACAGCGGCCAUGCAGGAGUUGUGCGAGAGGUGGAGGGAUACGGGCCUUUUCUCUGAUGUUUGUGGACCGACAAAGUGGAGAUCAGAGAUGUAUCCCAUCUACGCUGAUCCUUUCGGACUCCAUGAUCACCCGCUCAUUGCUGGGCACGAUGCUGGUCUCAAUUAUGCAUUCGAGAUGGAGCGAUCCGCGUGUGCUCUCUUUGGACUGGUGACAUAUGGUGUGCAUAUGAGCAUCUACGACGAGAUCGCCCAAGAGGAUGGUCAACGUAGCCUACGUGUCUGGGUCCCGACCCGUGCGUUUACCAAACCUACCUUCCCUGGACAUCUGGACAACACAGUAGCUGGGGGAAUCCCGAGCGGGAUGUCCAUGUUCGAAUCUCUUGUCAAGGAAUGCAUGGAGGAAGCAAGUAUCGAGCCCGAUGUUGUGCGCAAACAUACCCGAGCGGUGGGUUCUAUCAGCUACUUCUUCAGAACGACCAAAGGUUGGCUACAACCAGAGAUCGAAUAUGUCUAUGACAUUGUGAUCCCCCCUGCUGUUGACCCCGCUCCCUUUACACCUCGUCCUCUCGAUGGAGAAGUCGAGUCUUUCGAGUUCAUGUCUCACGAUAAACUGCUGAGGGAACUUCGCGCCGGCCUUUUCAAGCCCAACUGUGGACUAGUAAUCCUGGAUCUGUUUAUUCGGCUGGGAUGCAUCACCCCAGAUAACGAGCCCGAUUUCAUGAAAAUAAUCAACCGCCUGCAUGGUUCGUUUGAUUAUGACAAAUGGUGA